UAAUCUAUCAAAAAAACAAAAAAAAAAAAAACACAGACGAUAAUCCAUGUGCUUAAACUUCCGGAAUCGGAUAGAUUGAAAUUGAAAUACUUUUCAUAGUCGAGAGUUCCGUCUUCAUACACUUCUUCUUCUCAUCGCUUGACUCAGAAGACUUCUCAAAACCGCCAUGAAUUCCUUGCAGAGAACUGUAUCGGGAUCGUCGCAGAGCCCUAGAUCUCCGCCCUCGCAGCCGUACCUCUCAGUCUCAGUCACUGAUCCUGUCAAACUCGGCAAUGGCGUCCAAGCCUAUAUUUCCUACCGAGUCAUCACGAAGACGAAUUUGCCUGAAUACCAAGGGACGGAGAAGAUUGUGAUCAGACGAUACAGCGAUUUUGUUUGGCUUCGUGAUCGGCUUUUCGAUAAGUACAAGGGGAUCUUUAUUCCUCCUCUUCCUGAAAAGAGUGCUGUAGAGAAAUUCCGUUUUAGUGCUGAAUUUAUAGAGAUGAGGCGUCAAGCAUUGGAUGUAUUCAUUAACCGAAUAGCAUCACAUUGCGAGCUUCAGCAAAGCGAUGAUCUCAGAACUUUCUUGCAGGCAGAUGAAGAGACGAUGGAGAGAUUAAGAUCUCAAGAAACUGGUAUCUUUAAGAGGAAGCCAGCUGACUUUUUGCAGAUCAUCAAGGAUGUCCAAACUAAAAUGAGUGAUGUAGUUCUUGGAAAGGAGAAGCCAGUGGAAGAAUCAAAUGCCGAGCAUGAGAAAUUGAAACACUAUAUCUUCGAGCUUGAAAACCACGUGGCUGAAGCCCAGAAGCAUGCAUAUCGUCUUGUAAAGAGACACAGAGAGUAUGGCGAAUCUCUAUCAGAUUUAGGAAGGGCAUUCAAACUCUUGGGAGCUUGCGAAGUUAAUGCCCUUGGGAAGGCAUUUUCUGAGCUUGGAACCAAAUCAGAGGCAAUAUCAACAAAGCUGCAAAAGGAGGCUCACCACCUUCUACUGAACUUUGAAGAACCCUUGAAAGAUUAUGUUCGUGCUGUGCAAUCUAUUAAGGCCACAAUAGCUGAAAGAGCCAAUGCCUUCAGGCAACAUUGUGAACUUGCAGAAACAAUUAAGUUGAAGGAGAUAAAUCUUGACAAACUAAUGCUGACACGAUCUGAUAAGGUUGGGGAAGCUGAGCUUGAAUACAAGGAGUUGAAGGCUGCCAGUGAGGAGGCUACAAGAAGAUACGAGACAAUUGUGCGACGAAUGAAUGAAGAGUUUCUGCGCUUUCAGGAAGAGAAGACCAAUGAUAUGGGUAUUGCUUUCCAUGAAUUUGCUAAAGGGCAGGCGCGUCUGGCUAAUGGCUUUGCGGAUGCUUGGCGAAGUCUCGUCCCUAAACUCGAUGCAUAUUCUUCUGUCAGUCAAUGAAUGGGGAAAGCACCCUUCCGCUUGCGCGGUUGACACGAAUAGCAGGGCAGCUCUUGCUCUGUAAAACAUUUUGUCAUUCAGGAGUUUUGUUCUGCUAUUCUGGUCUUGCACCAAUGUGGUUGUUUUUUAUGUUUUUUUUUUUUCCUGUACAAAUUCAAAGUUAGGUGAAAAACUGAGAGUUUACAUUUUAAGUUUUUGUGCAGAGUAAAACGGAAUAAACUCGUGUGUAUCCCACACAUUCAUUUUACAUAUUUAAACACACUCCCAUUAGUUUCUCGUUCA